AUGGAUAAUAGACCUAGUCAUGAUUUGCAGUGGAAGCACGAGAAGCUGCGAGCGCUUUUGCAAAAAAGCGAGAUUAGUGAGACAGAGCUGGAACAGGUCUUCGAUUCGCAAGCAUUGACCGAGUUUUACAGUAUCGAACAAGCUAAAAUAGUGCAAGAGACCAUUGAGGCCCUGAAGAGGCAGGCGAGUGAGCUUGAGACGAGUAUAACUCACCAAAAACUCAUGAGCAGUGAUCUGCAGAGCAUUCUAUCGCAGCGAAAUAAUGCAAGGAAUGAGGAGGUACCGCCAGAACGAAUUGACCAGUUAAAAUCUGAUAUCAGACAUGUCAUGUUGAAUUUCACAUGCAAGGCUAAUGGGCUGGACCCAGAUGAAGCAGAAAAGCUAAUAAACGGACUGAUGACGUACGAGCUCGGGUUUGUGGUUCCCAGGACCCUGCAAACCGUUCAGUAUUUUAUCUCAAAUCACUUGGUCGACGCCAGACCUGCCGAGUCUGGCCAAGUUGUCCUCAAACUCUGGUGA